AUUCCUCUGGUUUCCUUUCCACGCGCUACGAUGUCGGGCCCUUCAGAGGCUUCCUCGCCUGACUACGAGCAGGACUGGGACGCCUUGGAGCAGCAGUCCAUGAAGGUCCUAGAUCAGAAGUUGCAGGAGCUACAGGCGCCUUCCGCAAGCUCAGCGGCGCAAGCGGGCUCGUCCCUGGCAACGUCGAGUUCGCCUCCGGAUGAUGUAAGGCGGAUGCAGCAGGCCAUCUCGCGAGAACCCUAUCGGCCUGAAGACCACCAGUUCACCAGCGAGGAGAUGUGGGCUGGCUUCUCCUCCGAGGAGGAAGGCGAGCCAGCACAGAGCAGCCAGGAGAAGGGCGUGGAGGAAGAGCCAGAGUCAAAAAAGCUGGAAGAACAGUCUAAGGACUUUCACCCCGAGGCUCGUGCUCGUGUGGACGAGGGCAAGGCAGCGAUGCGUGAGACGAUGAUGGGCCACUUCGAGCGGGCCUGCAUGCAGGAGCCGUACCGCCCAGAGGACCACCACCUCAGCGUGGAGGAGUUCUGGGGAGGCAGUGACUCCUCGCGCGGUUCCAGGUCAAAAGUGGAGCAUUCAGUCGGCCAGGAAGACUUGGAGGAGCUCAAAUUGAAGUCACGUGCGCGGCGGCACCCAGUCACACAUUCCAGCAGCGCAUGCUCGCUGGAGAUCGCGCGCCUCAGGCUCUGGCAGACUUGGACUUCCAGCAGUUGGACGCGCUGACCUCAUCGACCAAUUCUUCCCACGCUUUCAAUGGUUGGAUAGGAAAAGCACAACCGCCAAGUUUGACGCAUACUCAGUUUAUUGUUAUAUGGGAUUCUUCACUCCUGGGGUCAACGUUGCCUCCAGAAUCAAGGUGUCACUCCCAGUUCCCAGGUGUUCAGUGGGACAUUUCCUGGUGUUGUGACCUAUCUUGGCUGACGAUUUCGCACUGCUUAGGAAUUAUCAACUGUUCAGAUUGGCCAGAUUGGCCAGCCCGAAAUUUGAACAGGCUGGCUAGUACCCCAGAAUCGGUGGUGGUAUCAUGCUGAAGCACAAGUCUGCGACCUUGUUUGACACACUUUAUAUCAUGG